AGUCGUGGAAUUCCAGCUAAGCGGCAAUCUGGGAAAUGGCACAGCGACGUCAUCCAUAUUUGAUAGACAAAGUAAUAGAAAUAAAAAAGGACAAGAAAGAGAAAGUCGCGGCAGCGAAUAUUGCCAAACGUAGACGCAAGUUAAGUUUCGAUGAUGAUAAGUCGCAGGAGCCUGACGGGGAAGAAUUUGAUUAUGUGCUUAAUCUUGAUAAUGCUUCCAUAACAGAAUUGCAAGAUGGGCUCCACUUGAUACAAGAGGGCAACGAAAAAAACCUAGUUCGCCUAGGGAUCCAAAUUUUGCAUCAACAAAUACAAAUUUGUUACAGCAAAUUGUUUCGUAAUCCCAUAAGCUAUCGUAUCAUCUCUAAUAGAAAUACGAAUAUUGUUAGCUUCAGCUGAAUCAACCGGUUUUAUUUUGAUUAUACGAAUUAUUUAAUUGUUCAAAACGACAAACUUGUAAUUAUACCAUCCUGUGUUGGUGUACAUUUUAAAAUUUCUUGCACUGCUUGCAUAAAUAUCUAUUUGAAUAGAUUAUAUACAUAAAUAGAAACAUAAUUAGAAUAUAUUUUUGGCU